CGAUCCAUUGGAUUCCCAAACUGGGGUUCUCUCUCUCUCUACUCAAAUUUCGAUCGCUGCAACUCCCCUCUUCUGACUCUCCUCCACGAUCCCUUCUCGACAAACUUCCCGCCGUCGGAACAGGCCAUUAUAGCCCUCCGGCCGCUAGAAUCCUCGUCUCCGGCCCCCUCCUCCUCCUCCAGGCGACGACAGCGACAAGACAAGCGUACUUCAGAACUAUGGAAGGAACACGCAUUCAUCUGAAGGGAUGGCAGCAGGCAGCAGUUGCCCUUGGCUCAGCUCUUGGUGCCCUAAUGGAUCCAAGAAGAGCAGAUCUAAUAGCUGCUCUUGGAGAGACCACCGGAAAGCCAGCUUUUCAACGGGUGCUUGAGAGGAUGAAGAAUAGCCCUGAAGGCAGAGAAGUUCUUUUAGAGCGACCCCGUGUUAUAUCUGCAAAGGUGUCACAUGCAUGGGACAUGCCUGAGAACACAUUUGGUUCGGCAUAUGCAAGGUUCAUGGGAUCAAGGAACUUCUCUCCAGAUGACCGCCCACCUGUUCGAUUCAUGGAUACGGAAGAACUGGCAUAUGUGGCUACACGUGCUCGUGAGGUGCAUGAUUUCUGGCAUGUUCUAUUUGGCCUGCCUACAAAUCUGCUUGGAGAGUCUGCCCUGAAGGUAGUGGAGUUUGAGCAGAUGCUUCUUCCCAUGUGUCUGCUGUCAGUUUUUGGAGGUUCAGCAAGGUUUAGUGAGAAGCAAAGGGCUCGCUUCUUCCAACAUUACUUCCCAUGGGCCACGCAAGCUGGUCUGCGGUGCACAGAUCUUAUGUGUCUCUAUUAUGAGAAGCACUUUGAUGAAGACUUAGACGAUGUGCGAAAGCAGUGGGGGAUAAUCCCUUGUCCAGAACCGAAACUGAAAAGCUAAGUUGUGUAUCGAAUUUUUCUAUUUAUUGUCCAUAUGACUUUUUUUUUUAAACCUGUUCAUUGGCCGCUUAGUAGCCAAGGAAUUACGGCAAGCAGGAUUGCUGUUUUAUCCAGAUGCUUGUUACAGUGGUACACAUGUACAAUGUGGCAGCAAUGUUGGUUUUCUUUUAUCAAGUUGUUACUAGUGUGAAAGUGAAAGUUGUUGCUAUCACUGGACGUUGAUUUUCCAAAUAAUCUUAUUAUGAAAGAAUGAUUUCUGUUGCA